AGCAACAGGUCACCUACCUCGCCCCAGCCGUGGCCUCUAGCACCAACCAGCCUCUCACACUCCAGCAGGUCCAACAGGUAUUGAACCGACUGCAAAGCAAAGGAGGCGGAUUUAAACUUUACCCUUCUAACGCUGCCAGCAACGCGAGUGCAGUAGUAGCCCGAGCCACUGCAGCCUCUGGUGGUGCUGUGGCGUCCACCACACCGCACCACCGCACCACCUACGUCAUCCACCAGGACAACCAGCCAUCCUGACCCCUCUCACAGCAGUCGCAUCAAAUCAGCGUCAUGCAGCAGGGCCAGAGCAUUGUCCCUCAGAUCAACAUCGCUACUGCUCAGCAAAUUAGUCCUGGCAAGCAACAAGCGUUGUCGGGUAGUCACGGCGUUGCAGCUGUGUCAGUUCAGCCUCAGCAGCAUCACUUUGCCAUUGCUCAGCAUGCUCCCCAUAAUGUUAGCAUCGCGCAACAAAACGUUCUGCCUCAAACGCAUCAGUCUGUUGGUGCGCAUGCUGUACAAUCAGCUCUGCCUGGCAUACAGUCUUGCAUCGCGCAGUCAGUCAUCCAGCCUGGGGGAGCUCACUCAGUUAUGCAGCCUGGGAUGGCUCAGUCUGUAAUUCAACCUGGCGUUACUCAAUCAGUACUUCAGCCCAGUGUACAAGUCGUGACAUCAACAGGACUGCAGCCUCUACUGGCACCGGCGUCUGUUGUGGCGUCUGCUCUCACGCCCACACCUCCACCUACUCCCUCCGCUGGUUCGCUUAGCAUUAAUGUCGUUGGAACGGAGAAUUAUCGUGACAACAGUACUCUGUUCGCCAGUGGUAAUGUUACCACAACUAAUAACCCACUACUGUCUCCUGUGCAGCAACAAAGUUCAUCUGCGAAUCUCACUCAGACAAUUUUCCCUGCAGGCACACUUUUUGCGAGAAGUGAAGACGCAGCGAUUGCAUUGUCAGCUGGACUCACACACUCCCUCGCUACCAUUGUCUCAUCCGCUACUAGCCUUGCCCCUGCAGUUUCCCCAUCUAUAACUGCCUCUGCCGCUCCUCCUAUUUUACUCACUUCUUCUCUUCUUCCUAGUACCACGACUGCCUCCUCUCAUCACCUCAUUCUACCGUCUUCGGACCUAUUUAUGCCAGUAGCUAAUGUCUCCAGGGCUCCUAAUGCGAUUACUGGUUUGGAUCAGACCUCGUCUAUUGGUACAAACAAAAGCCUUACCACUUCUUCAGCUCUUCCAAUCACAAUUGUUCCUCAUCAGCCAGUUUUGCCGUCGCAGCCAAACCAACUACAAUCUUUACAAACGAUUCAGUCUCAGGCAGUUCAAGUAAAUGAUCAGAAAUUCCUUUCUUUACUCUCGCCCUCGAUAUCUCAGCCAACCUCCAUCUCAUGUGCCAGCUCCCAGAGCCUAGCUGCGUCCAUAGUGGCAUCUUCUUCUCAAUCCAUCACCCAAGGGUAUUCGACACCAAGCAAUACUACCUCUACGAUCAAUUCCACUGCAAGAAGCAAAACAUUGAACCCUAAAACAAGUACUCUGGCUCGACUAUUGCAACAAAACAGUCAUCAGUAUACUAAAAUCUGCGGAGAAGACUGGUCAGAAGUUUACGGCCGAGGCACCGGUGGAGGCAGAUAUCGUGUUGUUGUAAGCAGCAGUGGUGGUGCUGGUGGUACCAAUAUUAGCAUUACUGAUAAACGAAACUUUAAUACUUCUAAUAACCGCAGUAAUUUUAGUCCGGGAGUUGCGAAUUCGAGUAACUUGAACAAUUCGCAUAUUGUUACUGCAGUGAGUAAGUCCUGCAGUCUCGCUCAACUUGGAGUUACAGAAGUCAAGGAUAAAAGCAGUUGGGCUGGCUCAAAUGCAGCCACCAGCAACGGGCCUUUGUCCUACGAGAACAAAUUUUCUCCCUUGACGACAGAGAGUAACAUUGCAGGAGCUGCUGGCGAUGUCCUCGGUGAUGCUUCGAGGUCUGCAUCUUCUGGAGCGGGUGACGUUCUUGUUCAGAAAAACCAGAACAAACCGCGAUGUUCCUCACCGUUAGUGUGUCUCGUCUUAGAUGAAUAGAACCUCGUGCUCUCUUUAGGGGGUAUUUGUGUGUUACGAACUAAAAUUUUGUUAUUUGACAGUUUGCUUUGAGCUAAAAGUGUAAGGCAUACCUUAUCACAGCAGUACAAAUUGUCGGUGGGAACUUUUUUAUUUUAUAAGUUAGAAUGUACAUUCGCCCGAUUCAGUAACAGUGAAUAAUAAUACAAAUUUCUUAAGGUGAUUUUUUUGGUUUGUUACUCGAAAAACCAUUUCUAGGUUGAUGAAAUAAUUUUGAACAAUUUAUUUAAUGUGUUACAGAUUUUUUACUCAAGCUUUACCGCAUUUCUGAUGAGGCAACUAAGUGCCAGAGGCAAGACAAAAUUGUGCAAAUUUUAUUGUUAAGUUAAAUUGGUUUACGUUGAUUUGCAUUGGAAGAUGUUGUUCGUAAAGUUGGAAAUACUUGAAUAAUAUACAAGAUUAACUUAACUAUCAAGGAAAGAUAUUUUCAGCGAAGCAUUCAUUUAUGAAUUAAUCAUUGUACGCUCCUAAAGAUACUUUGAAUAAUUGGUGAAACGAUGAAAAUUUGCAAUGUUUACACAGUGCAGAUAAAUCGUUAAGUAAUUGAUUCGUUUCCUGAGCAAUCUUUGCAAACUGAAUAGGUUGGCGAUUUAUUUCUUCCGUUUACCUUUUUUUCGGCUAUUUAGGACAAAAUUAUAACUUUCUAUAGCCUUAUUAGUGAUUUACCUUCUAAAUAAUCCUCUUAACAUUUUUCUCAUAUAGGUGAUUCACACGUUUUUGCUGUGUUGGUGCAAGACAAUUUCAGUGCAGCAUCUUGAUGCUUCAAGUUAAUGAAGCAUUUUAAGCUCGGCGUGGUUGUGAUGAUGGUGCUUGUGAGUGGCAUGCUUCCGACACCAGUUAGUGCAAUGAAGAACCUGGACCGAAUGUCCAGAGUUGAUACCAUCAAGUUCUAUACCCAUGGUUCGUUUAAUACUGCCCUACGUUCUGUGAUGAUCUUGAAAGUUCUGAUCGUGAAUAGAAAAAUUGAAGGUCUUAAAAAUCGUCGUGAAAAUUUGACUGCAGAUUAGUUUGAACACUAUAUCUUGUAUGUUCUCACCUAAGACGAGAUGACAAGUGUUUCUUGAUAGGCAAUCAAUUGAAUUUUUAUAUCGCAUACGAUGUCUAUAAUACAUUUUUGUUAUCGUUUAAUUUAUUUAUUUGUAUAUAUGUAUAAAUAUUGUUCAUUGUUCGAUAUUGCUGUGAGGUUCUAGGUGUUUCUGAUGAGAUUGAUAUACUU